CUUUGAAAUCAAUAGAAGUCGGUCGGUCGUUCAUUAUUUUGAAACAAUUUGGCAUUUAAAUUUCAAGUUUUUUAGCCAACCUGGAGGAAGCUUUUGUGUUUACUGAUUUAAGAAAUACUUAAAGAAGGGAAAUGAACCAAGAUUAUCCAAAUAUCGUGGUAAUAAAACGUACUGGAGCUGAUGGCCCAAAAUUUCCUCUGCGUCGAAACAUGUAUUUAUUUGGAAGGGAUAUUGGAUGUGAUUUACGUGUGCAAUUACCUGGUGUCGCCUUGCAACAUGCCAAGAUAUUUCGUUCAGAAAAUGACGAGUUUUUCUUGGAAAAUUUAACUGAAAAAAAAACUAUCAUCAAUGGAAGUGAAGUUAAAGAGUCUGUAGCAUUAAGUAACGAAGACAUAUUUACAAUUGCUGAACGAUCUUUUCGUUUUGAAUUUAAGAGACCUUCAAGAAAGAGUUUUGGACAAUCAAAAAGAUUGUCAACAAGCAAGCCACUUACCUCGACAUCACCCCUACGUGAGGCAAAUGAAAAGAAAAUCAAGAACAGUCCACGUCAUCCUGUUGUCCAUGGCUCGUCGUUACGCGAGAGUGUGGACAAGUUACGAAGAUCGUCUGUUCCACUACUUGAAACGGACGAACCUCCACAAACUGAGUCAUGUGCAUUACGAACCACGAACACUCCACAGUCGACAAAAAAGAUUAACAAGCGUGUCUCGUUUGGCCCAAAUUUGAGUCCUGAGCAAUUCGACAAAUCGCUUCCGGUGUCAACACCCAUCAAGAAAGGUGCAACACCUCAGCGUUUGUCCGCACCGUUGUCUAAACCAUGUCUAAGUCCUGGGAGGAAAAGAAACAGUGUUGUGGCAAGCUCUUUUGUCUCAAAACUUGAAGAAGUUGUUGAAGAAGAAGAAAGCAAAAAAAGUGAUAUGUGUGAAUUGAAAAUCCCAAGCUCCGUUAAUGAAGUUGUUGAUGUUAUACAACCCAAGAUGACGAGCACAUCAACAACAGAAAAUGUCGAAAAGAAUCGUGCCGAUUGCAAGAAAAUGGCAACACCUCUGAGGGAGGCCAUAAGAAAAGGAUUUCGCUUGAAAGAGACAAAGAAGAAGUUGAUGACUCCGUUGAGACGGGAAAUCGCAGCUGGUAAAAUUCUUCGAGCUUCCAUAAACCGACCCAUUUCACCAGCGCGAAAAGCGAUUGAAACUCGCCCCAAGCCACGAAACACCAGAAGAAGAAUGUCGACUCCAGUCCGCAAGGGUAUCGAAGCUGGACUUACCCUCAAAAGAACGAAAAAGGUUAUGACUCGGGACUUGCAAAAUGAUAUAAAGAAAGGCAUACAGCUACGACAAACAAAGAAAAUCAUGCCAAAGCCUUUACAGGAAGAAAUCAAAUCAGGAAGGCAAUUCCUAAAGACUACGAGAACAGUGGAAACUACUGAGAAGGGUUAUGAUCAGAAAGUCGAGAAUACGUUGUAUCCCAAGAUGCCCGUUGAGCUUCAAGCAGCAAUAAUCGAGGGUGUUCAACUUCGUGUCACUAGAAGAAGAUUGCGAAUUUUGCUACAAAAUGAAAUCAAAUCUGGCAUCGAGUUGUCAAAGACAAAGCAGAGUUUGAAGACUCCUAUACGCAAAGAAAUUGAAUCUGGUGUUCAUUUGAGAAAGACAAAGAGACGAAUGGGGACCAUGCUGCAAGAUGAGAUCAAAUCUGGCAUUGAACUAUCUAAGACAAAGCAGAGUUUAAAGACUCCUAUACGCAAAGAAAUUGAAUCUGGUGUUCAUUUGAGAAAGACAAAGAGACGAAUGGGGACCAUGCUACAAGAUGAGAUCAAAUCUGGCAUUGAACUAUCUAAGACAAAGCAGAGUUUAAAGACUCCUAUACGCAAAGAAAUUGAAUCUGGUGUUCAUUUGAGAAAGACAAAGAGACGAAUAGGUACCAUGCUGCAAGAUGAGAUCAGAUCUGGCAUUGAACUAUCUAAGACAAAGCAGAGUUUAAAGACUCCUAUACGCAAAGAAAUUGAAUCUGGUGUUCAUUUGAGAAAGACAAAGAGACGAAUGGGGACCAUGCUGCAAGAUGAGAUCAAAUCUGGCAUUGAACUAUCUAAGACAAAGCAGAGUUUAAAGACUCCUAUACGCAAAGAAAUUGAAUCUGGUGUUCAUUUGAGAAAGACAAAGAGACGAAUGGGGACCAUGCUGCAAGAUGAGAUCAAAUCUGGCAUUGAACUAUCUAAGACAAAGCAAAGUUUAAAGACUCCUAUACGCAAAGAAAUUGAAUCUGGUGUUCAUUUGAGAAAGACAAAGAGACGAAGGACCAUGCUGCAAGAUGAGAUCAAAUCUGGCAUUGAACUAUCUAAGACAAAGCAGAGUUUAAAGACUCCUAUACGCAAAGAAAUUGAAUCUGGUGUUCAUUUGAGAAAGACAAAGAGACGAAUGGGGACCAUGCUGCAAGAUGAGAUCAAAUCUGGCAUUGAACUAUCUAAGACAAAGCAGAGUUUAAAGACUCCUAUACGCAAAGAAAUUGAAUCUGGUGUUCAUUUGAGAAAGACAAAGAGACGAAUGGGGACCAUGCUGCAAGAUGAGAUCAAAUCUGGCAUUGAACUAUCUAAGACAAAGCAGAGUUUAAAGACUCCUAUACGCAAAGAAAUUGAAUUUGGUGUUCAUUUGAGAAAGACAAAGAGACGAAUGGGGACCAUGAUGCAAGAUGAGAUCAAAUCUGGCAUUGAACUAUCUAAGACAAAGCAGAGUUUAAAGACUCCUAUACGCAAAGAAAUUGAAUCUGGUGCUCAUUUGAGAAAGACAAAGAGACGAAUGGGGACCAUGCUGCAAGAUGAGAUCAAAUCUGGCAUUGAACUAUCUAAGACAAAGCAGAGUUUAAAGACUCCUAUACGCAAAGAAAUUGAAUCUGGUGUUCAUUUGAGAAAGACAAAGAGACGAAUGGGGACCAUGCUACAAGAUGAGAUCAAAUCUGGCAUCGAGCAGUCAAAGAAAAAGGAGAAAUCUAAUGCACUAAAGAGGAAGUCAACCGACUUAGUUGCAUCUUUCAAAACUCCAAAACGUCGUAAUUCCUGUGUUUCAGUUGAUGCAACUCAAUCAUCUCUGAAGAAAAUGAAGACACCAUCAAAAACAGCACGUCGAUCUGGAUUUAUUCCGAGAUCAAGAUCCAAGCGGUCAAUUUCACGCUUGGACUCGAUAAAGCAGCCAAGUUAUGCAGACAUACUGAAACGACCGAAGCUUACAGGAAAACGAAGACUUUCUACAAGAAAGACAAAUGCUUUCAAAUUUGAAGCAGAUCCACAGGUGCCUUCAAAAACUAUAGCAAAGAAAUCUCGCGGUGUUAGAGCUACAUGUAAAGAAAAGUACAAACAACGUGUUCUAAGAAUCAAGUUGCAAAGAAGGCGUUUGACGGCAAGACAAAUGGUGACUGGAAUGUUGUCGUUCAAACAGCAGGAAGAAGUUAACUUGGUUGGAGUCGAUUCACUUUUCAAAACACCAAAGGCAACUCGCAGCGUAGUCAAUCUUGAUGAUGAAAAGGAUAACAAGUCUGUUGAAAGUUUCAUUGGAAAUUCGCCACUACCAUCGAAAGACAAUUUGCUGUUUGGUGUUGCAAACAAUCUUGAUGAUGAAAAGGAUAACAAGUCUGUUGAAAGUUUCGUAGGAAAUUCGCCACUAUCAUCGAAAGACAAUUUGCUGUUUGGUGUUGCAAACAAUCUUGAUGAUGAAAAGGAUAACAAGUCUGUUGAAAGUUUCAUUGGAAAUUCGCCACUACCAUCGAAAGACAAUUUGCUGUUUGGUGUUGCAAACAAUCUUGAUGAUGAAAAGGAUAACAAGUCUGUUGAAAGUUUCAUUGGAAAUUCGCCACUACCAUCGAAAGACAAUUUGCUGUUUGGUGUUGCAAACAAUCUUGAUGAUGAAAAGGAUAACAAGUCUGUUGAAAGUUUCAUAGGAAAUUCGCCACUACCAUCGAAAGAUAAUUCGCUCUUUGGUGUUGCAAAGCUCCUAAAAUCACCAGAAUCUCCCAAAAAUCGUGAACCGUGCAUUCAAGGUGUUGCGGAACUUUUUGAGGACGGGAAAAGACGAAAAAGGAGUUCUUCAAUGGGAAACACGAAGCUCCAUUCCGACGACUCCAUAUUGUAUGGAGUUGCAAAGCUGAUGAAGACACCUAAAAUUAGGAGAUACAGCGAACCAAAUUUAGAUGGCGUUUCGGAACUGUUUCAAGAAAGCAAAAUCGCUCGACGUCCGCUUGAGAAAAGACAGAAGGAGUGUGAUGAUUCAAUCUUGUAUGGUGUGGCUAAAUUGAUGAAAACACCGAAGAUGAAGAAGAGUGAGCCAAAUUAUGAAGGAGUUCCAGAAUUGUUCGAGAUCGAAGAAAUGGUCUCGCCCAUUACUGUCACAAAAACACCGUCCUUGAGAAGACCGUCUGACCAAUUCAGUGCUGUAGCUCCUUUGUCUACGAAGAAGACUCCGUCUCUUCGAAUGAAAGAUACAGUGAAGGAGUUUGCCUUCCCGCUUCGAUUGUCGAGCACGCCUUCCUUCCGUGAUAACAAGUGCCCGCAAACGAUCGCAAUAGCCGAAACAGUCAACAUAGCUUCUUCAUUGAGACAAACUGGCCAAGAUUUAGUUGAUGAAAGUGCUGAUGUUUCUGUGAGAAACCCUUCCUUGAAAAACGAUGCAUCAUCGCUUGUACAAGUUGAAUUCUCAUCUGUUGGUGGUGUUUCAACAAACGAUUCUAAUGCAGUUUCAGAAACGACAACAAUCAAACGACGAGCUACCAGGAAACAAUACAAAACUAAAGCUGUUGCUGUAGCCGAUCAAGCUUCUUCCACCGAGGCAACUACCACGGCACUGGAACAAGUUGAAUGUCUUACUCCCAAACGCAGGACAACAAGAUCUUCAAAACGAAAAGCUGAGUUAACUUGUCUUCCAGAGAAGAAACGUCCGCGUCGUGCUGUUUUUGUGAAUUCCAGCAACACAGAGCAAUCUUUUGAUGCUGUUGCUCAAUCAGUUACCUGCAAUGAUGCCAUUUCUCAUUCAUCUUUGUCAAGGAAAUCUAAAAGAACGAGAUGUGUAGCAAACAAGGAACCCACACACCACGUGACAUGCAACACGAGGUCCACUCGUAGUAAAGAUAUUUGUCUUGUGGUUAAGGCAGAGGAUUCUACUUGUGGAGUGAGGAAAGAGAACGCUAUUCAUGAGGAUGUUGUGACCGCGGAUGUAACCAAAACUCGAUCCAGAAAACAAAUUAAAAAGAAUGCUGAAGAUUCAGUCGACAACAUAGCGACGACCAUUGGAACAAGGAGACGAAAGGUUAACAAAACAAACUCCGAAAAUGAAGUGGCUUUCCAGGUUGAAGAAACAGGCGAAGUUACAGCAUCUGCUAUUGAUAAAAAGAGAGCUCUCCGAAAUAUUGACAAGCAACCAUCGAAAGUCGGUGGAAAACGCGAGAAAAAACCGACAGUUGCUUUGAAGAUGCCAAUCUGUCGUAAUGAAAGCAAGAACGUUGUUGGAGUACCCGAUACACCUCCGCCAUUUACGUUCACCAAAACUAAACUGGAUCCUAUCAUCGAGGUGCCCACACCAUCGUCUCUUUUACGUCCAAGUGUGGAGGCUGAAGUAUGUUUUGGUGGAGCUCGAUCAACAAGAAACCCUCGCAUAGCUGAUGUCAACAAUGUUUCAUCUGUCACCUGCGAAAACGAAGGUGAAGAACAUGUUUCUCCGUAUCUGAGAGGUAAAGGCAAAAAAGUAGCUCCGUUGACUCGCGCCACACGGAGUAUAAAGGUUUUAAAUGCCGAUGAAAAUUUACAAGGUGCUAAUUGUCAAAAGAAAGAGAAAGUCACUGAUGAUCAUACUUCAAGUAACGGAAUAAGAUCAGAAAGAAGAAGCACUCGGAGGAAUCCACAGCAGUCAAAAACUAUCGCGGAAGAAAUCACCGUCAGCAAUGCAAGAACGAAUCGUAGAAAUAAAUUACCUGAAACAGAUUUGGAGAUUAUCGAAGAAACUGUUGUGACUUAUACGAGGACAAGAAGGAAACGAGCUUGCAAGCAAGAAAACUUGCAAGAAAACAUUGAAGUAGUACGAGAGGUGAAGAUGUUACACGAUGAAAGUAGUACUGACGAUAAAGGUUUUGACCAAAAUAGGAUCACUCGUACAUCACGAAAGAAAAAGGCUCAAGAAAUUGAAGAUGAACCGCACAAAGUAAAGAAACAGCGCAAAGACAACAAAAGUAGUGAAAAUAUUCUCAGUGUUGUAAUAACGCGAGCGUCACAAAAGAGGCGAGCAGUUGAAAACGAUGAUAAAACACUUGACGAUAAAACCAUGAAGCAAAUGUGCAGUAGUCGAAGAACCAGAACAGCGGAAAAGAAUAUGAAAAACGAACCAGGUACGAUGCGAGUAACUCGAAGUCGUAGAUGUGGGAAAUAAUAUUUAGAGAACAAUUUGACUUUAUAGUCUAGCAAUAACAUAGUUUGCUUAAUUGAACUUUUUUAUAUACUGCAAGGAACUUUUACAUAUGCUCCUUUUCAUUUAAUCUUUGCUUUGUUCAUAUCAAUUCAUUAUAUAUCUUAAUACUUAUUCGGACAUGAUUAUUUCAGGGUUGUAAGAUCACAUUUUACACAAAAUAUUCGUAACGUUUCAAUGUAAAUAUAUACUUUUUUUUGCA